AUGGAAGGUAUCAUUGAUCUUACUAAUGCCAAUGCUGCUUCUGUUCUUGAUGGAUCCAAGGGUGUCCUUGUUGAAUUCUAUGCUCCAUGGUGUGGACAUUGUAAGAAUCUUGCCCCAGAAAUGGUCAAACUCGGUCAAGCUUUGAUCAAAGCCAAGCCAACCAUUGUUGCUGUUGCUAAAAUUAACUGUGAUAACGAAAGAGAUGUUUGUUCCAAGUAUGGUGUUCAAGGUUAUCCAACUUUGAAGUACUUCCCACGUGGAUCAUCCGAACCAAUUGAAUACAAUAGCGGAAGAACUGUUGAAGCUAUGGUUGAUUUCAUUAAUCAAAAGGAACCAAGCUCCAGAUUGAGAAUUGCCAAGGAACCAACCUUUGUUGAAGAUCUUAGCCCACAAACCUUUGACAAGAUUGUCUUGGAUAGUGAAAAGAAUGUUUUGGUUAAAUUCUAUGCUCCAUGGUGUGGACAUUGUAAGAAGAUGGCUCCAGACUAUGAAAAGGUUGCCAAGGCUUUCCUCAAUGAAAAGAGUGUUGUUGUUGCUCAUGUUGAUUGCGACAAGUAUAGAGAUCUCUGUUCCAAGUAUGGCGUUCAAGGUUAUCCAACUUUGAAGUUCUUCCCAGCUAAGGAAAAUAAGGAAGCUGAAGAAUAUAACUCUGGUAGAGAAGCUCCAGCUUUCCUCGAAUUUUUGAACAAUAAGGCUGGUACUUCACGUAAUAUUGAAGGAGCCUUGUCUGAAAAGGCUGGUGUUCUCGCCAGUAUGGUUGGUCCAGUCAAGAAGUUCCUUGCCGCUUCUACUGUUGAAGAUAAGAAGAAGGUUAUUGCUGAAGUUGAAGCUACAGUCAGUUCCUUGGUUGGUGCUGCUAAGGCUAAUGCUGAUGUCUAUGCUAAGGCUAUGGCUCGUAUUGUUGAAAAGGGUGCUGAAUACGUUGCUACUGAAGUUGCCAGAUUGGAAAAGAUUUUGGCUGGUGGUUCAGUUUCUGGUGAUAGAGCUGAUGCCAUGAAGAUUAGAAUGAACGUUUUGAAGACCUUCAAUUAA